CCCAACUGCAGCCGGCAAAGCCCGGCCGGAGUUCGCCCGCACAACCGACCUGACUAAAAGAUGUUAAAAGUCAUUUUGAGCCACGUGUGGCAAUCGCACGUAUUUUGUUUACUGAACAGACCUCAGAGGUUUUGACUUAAGAAGAAGAAGAAGAAAAAAAUUAACUCUUUUGUUCCCUUUCACACCGACGUUGUGGUGUCGUGGCUUUUCAGCCUAGCGGCUCUGGUUUUAAAGCUUGUUCCAGUGUUCGCCGUGGGAGCACAGAUAACCGAGUGAUCCAUGCUGAAUUAUGGUCAGGGAUAACCGCUACCUGCAAACCCGGGCUGGAGGAUCACGUCUUCUUUAUGGUACACGCGGAGACCGCAGCAACUUAUUAUCGCUUGGACGGAUUGAUCUGAUCAAAGGGCAAUCGGUCGCACGCAGGGACGGUAAUGUCUGAUCGGGAGACGGGAGCAGAGCGCUGCCAUGACCACCAAACGCCAAGGUUUUAACGGGACAGAUGCCAAGAUGAAAUGGGGAGGAGAGAAAUCCCAGUGGAAAAUGUUUAUUGAGGAUGUCAGUGUAUUACACAUGGUGAUUUCCUUCCUCUUUAUGGGUGUGUCGUUUCUGCUAUUAUUCCUAUACAUGAUGUUUACACCACUCUGGCUUAUUCCUGCUCUUUACUUCACAUGGCUGGCUGUUGACUGGUACACACCUGAGAGAGGGGGCAGAAGAUCCUCAUUCGUGCGUAGCUGGAAAGUGUGGAAGCACUUCAGAAACUACUUCCCAGUCAAGCUGGUGAAGACAGCAGAGCUGAGUCCUAGCCAGAACUAUAUUCUCGGGUGUCACCCGCAUGGCAUCAUGAGUUUAGGGGCGUUCUCCUGCUUCAGUACAGACGCGUGUGGCUUCACCGGGGCCUUCCCGGGCAUUCAUGCCAACCUCGCCGUACUAGCUGGACUCUUCCGUCUGCCAGUCUUCCGAGACUACAUCAUGUGUGCCGGGAUGCUGCCGGUCAGUAAGGACAGUCUGGAGUAUGUACUGAAUCAGAGAGGCACCGGAAACGCUGUGGUUAUCAUCAUUGGUGGCGCUGAGGAGUCGCUGGCCUCUCGUCCGGGAGCCAACAGUGUGGUGAUGAAACAGAGGAAAGGCUUUGUCCGGCUGGCGCUGGAGAAUGGGGCUCACCUUGUUCCAGUGUACUCUUUUGGGGAGAAUGAGCUCUUCCCACAGGUGGUGCUACCCGAGGGCAGCGUGGGACGCAGGCUGCAGGCCCUCUUCAAGCAAGUCAUGGGUUUCGCCCCCUGCCUUUUCACCGGAGGGCGCUGGUUGCUCCUGCCCUACAGGAGGCCGGUGACCACUGUGGUGGGCAGUCCCAUUCCUGUGCCUCGUGUCUCCAGGCCGACACAUGACCAGGUGGACCACUAUCAUAACCUUUACACAGAGGCUCUGUCCAAACUCUUCCACACACACAAAACUAGCUGCGGACUGGCUGAGACACACGAGCUACACAUCAUCUAGACUCCACCCAAAGAGCUUUCACAGCGUUUCUCUAACGUUAUAGCAUAUUUCUCUAAAGUAAGAACAUUUCAUGCCAAGUUCCUACACAUGUACUUUGAACACUUUUGUUGUUUUAAGUAUGAUACAAAUCCAGUCUGCAUUUUAAGAUAAAUGUAAAUUUUCAUUAGUGUGCACAUCAUAUUAUAACAAGGUAGUUGCAGUUUUCGUCAUCUUAAUCUUAGCUCGUGGAAUAUUACAGUGAUUAGAUUGAGCAUAGAUUUCAGCAGCAUUUACUUACCAACCAGAACAUCCAAGAUUCCAAAAGAAAUGCACCUACUUAUAAAAACGUUCAAAUGAACUAGAGAUGGGUCACCACUUGGGGUAAUUAUAUAGGGUAAUUUGUUUCUAAAGUGUUAUUUUUUCCCAAAAUGAUCAUGCAUACAGUUUAGUGAAACGAAUUGUGAAUGUUACACCACAGCCACUGCACUGUAGUAUAUUGCAAUUCAAGCUCAGUUGUUCUCUAAAUCUGUCCACUACAUAUCUUUUCUUAUGGACAUAAUUUUAGACAUUAACAUUUUUUUAAAAGAAAUUAUGAUCAGUGCACUAUGAUUUUUAAAGAAAUUUAGAUUUAUGAAACAUUGUAAAAAAACAUUUGCACAGAUUUGUCCUAGCAUGUACCAGAAAAUGUGGAUGUGACAAAAAUAUCUACCUUUAUUACUUUUGAUGACAAUGAUUAAAUGAGCGUAGUGGCUCAGUAGCGCAGUGGUUAAGGUAAGGGAUUCUAGUUGCCAGUUUAAAUCCCACCACAGCCAGGUUGCCACUGUUGGGCCCCUGAGCAAGACACUUAACCCUCAGUUGCUCAAGAGGUGUUCAGUCAGAAUUGUAAGCUUCUUUGGAUAAAAGCAUCAGCUAAAUGUAAACGAAAUUUUACAGGCCCACUGCAUAUGAACAUCCACUAGACUGUUUUUUCUAAAGCAGUAAAAAUUGUUUAAUGCUGGAAUUUCCAAUGACAAUGUGUAAUGUGAUUUAAAGCAAGAUGUGCUAUCAUAGUUGUAAUGAAAAUAUACUUUUCUUUUUAGAAGUUAUAACCAUUGAAAGUGAUAAUGAAUUUUGCAGAUUUUAUUGAAUUUCUUUUAAGGAAUUUUGUGGCAAUGGCACGAUUUUAUCAGCAGCACCAAUAGUUUGCACAAAUGUGCUGAGAAAACCUUGGUACACAUGAACCUAUGCACAGGGCGUGCCAGUGAAGAUCACGGAGACGCCGUCAAAGCUGAUAUGAGCCGCUUAUGUUUAUACCAAACCCUAUAGUGCACCUUAUCAGAAGGCCCAGGUAGCUGCCUUCUAAUCUGAAACUGUACCAUCAAAAGUUCUUUUGCCACAUUAUAAGGAAACUAGUUAGUGGGCAGGACUGCCAAUGGGUGGAUGACUGUGGUGAAGUAACCCAAGAGAAAGUUUUCUUUCCUUAAUGGCACUGAUCUGUCCAAUGGGCAUGAUGCAGGAACACUUUAGAGUGAAAUGGUACAGUAUUGAUUAGAAAUGUGUGUGGCUUACCUGAAGAGUUGUCACUGUUUAACUCAGGUUAAUUUUAAUGAUUGUAGUUCAAUAAAUGUUCAGUACACUUGUCUAUUGAAUAUGUAAAGAGUCAGUGUUAGUGUAUGAUCCAUGUUCGUAAUUCCUCCAACCACAAAUGUAUUGUGUACACAUCUGGCAAGGGUGAUGAAAAGAAACUUUUGAAACUCGGCUAUGGAAACAUAGCUAUUUUUCUACAGUACUAAAUGAUGAGACAAUUAGCAGCCAAAACCAAAACAUCAAGCUACCUCUAACUACUGUAGAUAAGGAAUU